UCGUCGUUAAGCGGUUGAAAUUGCCGGAUAAAUUGGAAUUGACCGUGUGUUCUUUCGUUCGUUCAAUAAAAAGAUGUCGACACAAUUUCAUCGCUGUCAAACAUUACCGUCUCAACACUCCAGUUCAAGCAGAGUGAAUCGAAACAUUUACCCCAAUUACAAUGUCAAUCAGUCCUCAUCUCAGCUGGAUAGUUCAACUACUGGGGUGAAAUCAGUAAAUCCAUUCAUUUCCAGUCCACAUGGACAUCCAUCGUAUGCACCUGUGAAGCUGGGAUCCAAAGGAGCAGCAGACAAUAAGAUGAACAAGCAGCCCAAGCCUCCCGACAAGCCACUGAUGCCUUAUAUGAGGUACUCCAGAAAAGUUAGCAGAUUGGUUUGGGACUCAGUGAAGGCCAACAAUCCAGAUCUGAAGUUGUGGGAGAUAGGCAAGAUCAUUGGUCAGAUGUGGAGGGAACUGGGAGAUGAUCAGAAACAAGAGUACAUCGAUGAGUACGAAUCUGAGAAAGCGCAGUACAUGGAUGCCAUGAAGACCUACCACAACUCUCCUGCCUAUUUGUCCUGGGUGGCUACCAAAGGCAAGGUCGAUGUAGACAAUGAUGUUGACGAACCAGAGAAGAACACCAAAAGAAAUAAAGGACCAAUUCAAAGAGAGUUGACGGACCAAAAGAUAGUAACUACUAUUCAGGCUAACGAAGAUGAAGACGACCUUGAAGACUGUUACAGUAUAAAGAAUGUAUCGGCGGCUCGUUACUACAGAAACCACUGUUUGAUCAAUGAGAUAUUCAGUGAGGCCAUCGUGCCUGACGGUCGAGCGAUCAUCAAUGAAACUAGAAUGGUGGUCCUUAAGAGGCAGGUUCAAUCUCUCACCAUGCAUCAGAAAAAACUAGAGAAUGAAUUGCAGCAGAUAGAGGAACGCCAUAAAUCAAAAAAAUGUAAAUUCACUGAUUCUUGCGAACAGUUUUCUGAAAAUCUCACUAAGUUGUGCGAAAGUCGUCCGCAGAUAACUGACGAGCAGUUUGAUGUCAUGGUUGUGAAGGCGAAGGAAGAAAUGAUCAAGCAGAAAAUUCUUCUUGAACAGCAACAAGCCAAACAACAACAGCAGCUGCAGCAUCGGCAACAGAUGAUUCUGCAACAGCAACUGGAGAAGCAACAAGAGACUGAUUCAAAUAAAGAAGAUGAAAAAGAUGAGGUCAGCAUGGAUACAAGUGAGCCAGUCGCUGCAGCAGCAACAGAGGAGAAAAAAGAUGGUGAAGGUACAGAAAAAACCAGAAAGCAAGAAGAAACCAGCAAGCAAGUUGAAGGUGAGGCCAACCAGAAAGCAAAAGAAUCGACAGAUGAAGAUGAAGAGAAAACAAAAACUGAUUUAAAAACUAGCAACACGGAAGAGGAUGAUGAUGAAAAAACUGAUGACGAGCUUAAUGAUGAAUACAAUGACGGUGGGAAAAAUGAUAACAGUGUGAAUAACGAGGAGGAAGAAGAAGGAGAUGAUGAUGAUGAUGAUGAUCAGAACACGACUUUAGGCAGUAACGAUGGUCCUCCAGAAAGCAAUUGAUGAUUAGGUGAUUUUCCGCUUAUUGUCCUCUUACUUCUUUUCUCUGUUCUAGCGCCAUUUUGUGGGGUCCAUUGAUGAGUUUGAUUGUCUUUGAACGUUUAAAUAGUAUGAAAUGAAUUGGAUUGUUUCAUCACAGGUUUUAGAAAAUUAUGAAAACAUCUGUUGUUUAUUAAUUCAAAUAAUUAAAUGCUAUCAACAAAACAAAAUGUGUACAAUUUAGAAUUUAAAUUUCGGUCCGUAUGAAAACUUUUAUCAAAUUAAUUUGUUAAUUAAUUUUGAUACUUAUAGUUGAGUAAAAUAAGUAAUGAUAAAAAAAAUUUUUACAUGUGGCUUGCUAGUC